AUCGCAGACCCUAGCCACCACUUCUCUAGGAGUAGAUCUCAUCAUGAGUAGAGAUCUUUGAGCUGCACAAUGACCAUCAUGCUUCCUUACCGCCAUAAAGAUGAAGCAAAAUGGCUCUUUGAGAAACGGGAUGAUUUGAUAGCCAAAGAUGAGGAAGAGAGACAAGAGUAGAGAGGGAUAAAAUGGAGGCUGAAGAGUAUCUAAUUGAUUAAGAGAGUAAUUAAUGUGGUCAGAUGGGAAAGAAAAAACAAAGAAGUAAAGAUUUAGAGGAUCAGAAGCAUUAAAGAUACAUUUAAUGCUCUGAAAGUAAUCAUAGUAAUCUUGGAUUAAAGGAUCGGGGCACCGGAAACCACCACACCACUCCGGUGGGUGGACCAAAAACCCAUUUCGGGUACCAGAGUAGGAAACACACACAAGAACCUUGAACAUUCUAGAGAGAAAAAAAAAGCAUUAAGUGAUGUUUAUGUAAUCCAAGUCCUAAAUCUAAAUCUAAAGAACUGUAACAAAUUUAAAGAGUUACAAUGAAAAGGAACCAGUUUCAUCAUUACAUGGAUCACAAAUGGCUUCUUCUUCUUCUUCUUCUCAUUGUUUCAGCACUCUUUCUCCUUAUUCUCCUCUCUUCCAACCUCAACCAACCCGAACAACCCUCCUACUCAUACUCCGACCACCACCCGAACCACGACCGCCGCUCCUAUAUUGGUCCUGAGGUCUUUCCCAAGCUGCCCAGAUUCGCUUACUUGAUAUCUGGAACCAAAGGAGAUGGUUCAAGAGUCAAGAGGAUUCUUCAAGCCGUGUUUCACCCCAGAAAUUACUAUGUCGUACAUCUCGAUUUGGAGUCUUCAGACGACGAGAGAGCUGAGCUCAUCAACUAUGUCAAAUUGGUGGGUGUGAGCAAUGUCAUGGUGGUGAAUAAUCCCAAUUUGGUAACCCCUAAAGGUCCCACCAUGAUUGCUUCUACACUCCACGCCGUUGCUAUUUUGCUCCAGAGAACUGCCCACCAUUGGGAUUGGUUCAUCAAUCUCAGUGCUUCUGACUAUCCUCUCUACUCACAAGAUGAUCUGUUGCAUGUUUUCUCAUACUUGCCAAGGGACUUGAACUUUUUGGAACACAGUAGUAAUAUUGGUUGGAAAGAGAACCAAAGGGCAAGACCUAUUAUUAUUGAUUCAGGUUUGUACCACUCAAAGAAAUCUGGUAUCUUUUGGGCUAAAGAGAAGAGGUCUGUGCCUGCUUCUUUCAAGUUAUACAUGGGAUCUUCAUGGGUGAUGCUAACAAGACCAUUCCUUGAAUUCUGUGUUUGGGGAUGGGACAACCUUCCCCGGACUCUACUUAUGUACUACACAAACUUUCUGUCCUCAACCGAGGGGUACUUCCACACAGUGGUCUGUAACCACAAGGAUUUUCAGAACACAACUGUGAAUCAUGACUUGCAUUAUACAAGGUGGGACAAUCCUCCGAAGCAACAUCCUAUGUCUUUGACAGUCGAGCAUUUCAAUGACAUGGUCGAAAGUGGUGCGCCUUUUGCUGGAACUUUUGCCAAGGACGAUUCGGUUCUUGACAAAAUAGACAAGGAGCUUUUGAGGAGAUCAAGUAACCAGUUUACUCCUGGUGGUUGGUGUUUGGGGAAAUCUGGUUCGCAUAAAGAUCCUUGUUUAGUUCAUGGUGGGGAGAACCCAAAUGUUGUCAAACCAACUCUAAAUUCAAAGAGGCUAGAAAAACUCUUACUCAAACUUCUUCAUCCUGAAAAUUUCAGGCUUAAGCAAUGUAAAUGAAUCUUUGUCUCCCCCUUUUCACAUCAAUUUAAUUUAUUCAUUUUGUAAAA